AUGCUGCUGCUGCUGCUGGCUGCUGCGCUGCUGGGAGGAUACAUCUUCCUCACCAAGACGAUCUUCAGAAGCGCCAGAUGUCGAGGAAACGCAGCGAUGGCCGGAAAGACCGUCAUCAUCACAGGAGGAAACACGGGCAUCGGUAAAGCCACGGCGCUGCACCUGGCGAGGAGAGGAGCCCGAGUCAUCCUGGCCUGUCGCAACCGGGACAAGGCCCAGGCCGCCAUCGCUGACAUACAACAGGAAACAGGAAGUACUGACGUCCUCUACAUGCUGCUGGACCUCGCCAGCCUCAAGUCCGUCCGCUGCUUCACAGAAACGUUCCUGAAGACGGAGGGUCGGCUGGACCUGCUCAUCAACAACGCUGGUUUGGUCUCUGACGGACGGACGGAGGACGGCUUCGGCAUCGAGUUUGGAGUGAACCACCUGGGUCACUUCCUGUUGACCUGCCUGCUGCUGGAGAGGAUGAAGGAGGCCGGGGGGGGGCGGGUGGUCACCCUGUCCUCCAUGGCUUACCGCUGGGGACACAUCGACUUCCAGGCUCUGGCGGAGGACAAACAUCUGGGCACCGGCGGGUACAGCUGGCAGUUCUUCAUGGCGUACUGCAACAGCAAACUGUGCAACGUCCUGUUCACCCACGAGCUCGCCAAGCGGCUGAAGGGAAGCAACGUCACCUGCUACAGCGUGCACCCUGGUGUGGUCCGCACUGAGCUGUCCAGAUACGUCGGCCUGUGGCAGAAGAUCUUCAUCGAGCCCAUCGCUUGGCUGCUGUUCCUCGACCCGGAGGCCGGAGCUCAGACCACGCUGCACUGCGCCCUGCAGGAGGGAAUCGAACCUCUGAGCGGACGCUACUUCUUCUGCUGCGGCGUACAGGAAGUGUGCGCCCGGGGCAGAGAUGACGCGGUGGCCCGUGAACUGUGGGAGGUCAGCGAGCGGCUCAGUGGACUCUCUUAAUGUUUGGACUCAUUGACCAUGAACUGUCCCUGUGUCUGUCCCACUGUGAAUACAUUAAUGACCACGUCCUGUCUGCAUCGUUUAUUUACUCUCCUCUCGUGUUUCACUGUCACAUGGAACCAAGAACAUCUACUCACUUUCUGUACUGAAGUACAUUUAUCUGCAGGUACCUUCACUUUUACUUCACUACAUAAAUCAUCAAAUAGCUGUACUUUCUACUCAAAUACAAGUUCACACGCCUCCUUCAAGUAAUACAUAAAGUAAUACACCAACAGUAAUACAUCAAGUAUUCCUAAAUGGUAGAAUGAGCUCCCCAUCGACAAACAGACAUCAGAAAGUUUACAGAUCUUCCGCCUAUACCUUGAAUAAAAAAG